GUUUGCAGACAUGAAUUCAAACUAUUACUGUCGUUGAAAAAACAAAGCCUGCCAUGACUGCCCGUGCGCCUUUACGCACACGCACUGGCGCGCACUCUCAGAGCGCAUAAGCUCAGAAUGGGAUUUUACGCACACAUGCACAGAGAGGAGAGCGCAUGACGCACGGCACAAGUGCAUGAACGAAUGUGAGGAGCGGUGCAUGCGCGUAAAUACCGAAAGAGAGAUUUAAAGGAGAGCAGAUAAAAACGUCAGGUUUGUGCUGUCGGAGACGUUAAAGGUCGCCAGAGUCUCCGUUCGGAGACGGAAGGACGGAGAGGAAGAAGCAGAAAAGAGGAUUUGUUGACAAAAUCACCAAGUUGGCGAAGCUCCUCCUCUCCGUGAUGUAGCCGCGAGUCGGAACCUCCUUAAUUACUAAUUUCUCCACAUCCAAGCCACGCUCUCUCUCUCUCUCUCUCUCUCUCUCUCUCUGUUCUUUCUCUCCACUCCUCCAUCCAUGCAUCUCUCAUCCUGACCCUCCUUUCUCUCUCCUCUCUGUCGCUCUUCGUUUCCAGCCCGGGUGACGGAGGUGGACGAGCUUGGAGUUGUUGUUGUUAUUUUUUGUUAUUAUUUAUUCCUUGUUUUUGGGACACCCGCCACCGGGCAUGGAGGAUGUAAAAGACCCGCCGACCGUCCACCGGUCCUCCUCCUUCAGCAUCAAGAGCCUCCUGCUGCCCUCCAAGUGCGACAGACCGGACUCCGUCGCCGCUGCCGCCGCCGCCGCCGCGAUCGUCGGCAUCCCCGGGACCCCCUCUCCUUCCCCGGGCUCCGACUCCGAGAAGUCACUGGAGCUACCGGAGGCGGACUCCGCGGCCACAGUUCUGGACCCGGAGAAACCGGGAAAGGAGGAGCAGGGGGAAGACGAGGAGGAGGGCGGCGGAGGAGGCGGAGGAGGGGACGGCGCUAAGGCCACGCCGGAGCAGAACACUAACGGAAAUAACAACGGGAAAAACGGAAAAUAUGACAAGCCUCCGUUCAGCUACAACGCCCUGAUCAUGAUGGCCAUCCGGCAGAGCCCCGAGAAGCGGCUCACGCUGAACGGCAUCUAUGAGUUCAUCAUGAAGAACUUCCCGUAUUACCGGGAGCACAAGCAGGGCUGGCAGAACUCCAUCCGGCACAACCUGAGCCUCAAUAAGUGCUUCGUCAAGGUGCCCAGGCACUACGACGACCCGGGGAAGGGGAAUUACUGGAUGCUGGACCCGAGCAGUGAUGACGUUUUCAUCGGGGGGACAACCGGGAAGCUCCGCCGGCGCUCCGCCACCUCCCGGGGCAAGCUGGCCAUGAAGCGCGGGCUGCGCUUCGCUCCUCUCGGCCUGGGAAUUAACGAGCGCUCCAACAACCCGCUCUACUGGCAGAUUUCCCCGUUUCUGUCCCUGCACCACCACCACCACCACCACCCGCACUACAACGGAUCCUCGCCCGGGUUUCUGAACCAGGCUGCCGGCUACGGGUCGCUGCUGCCCGCCGUGGAGCAGCUGAGUAACGGGGACCUGGGACGCUCCAUCCUCGGCGGGUCCGCCGCCGGCGCGCUGGGCUUGACGAACACUUACGGAAUGAGCACGUCGCCGGUCGGGCUGCUCUCCGGGCAGACCGCCGGCUAUUUUGUCUCAGGGACCCAACACGCUGCUGCAGCGGCACCGGGGCCGCCGACAGGAGCACCGCCGCCCCCGCCGCCUCCGCACCUCCAGCAGGGCGCGCCGGGAUUUGGCGGCUUGGGGAGCAGCAGCUCCCCGCAGUCUCUGCUGUCGGACUCCCUCAGAAACAGCUCCCUACCGGCCUUCUCCCCGGGCGUGUCCGCGGGGUUCCCCGGGGUGCUGUCCCAUCAAAAGAGGGUGACCCCAAACGCUUUCCUAAACUGAACUCCCCCCUCCCUCCCCCUCCCUCCCCCAUCACCGUCACCUCUCCGUGAAUGGCACCGGGACGAGGACGCACAAGAGACGUCGCGUUAAGGGCAAAUAAUAUGUGGUAAAUAUCAAACACUGAUCGCAAAAAAUAUAUAUGAAGUGAAACUUUUUGGCCAUAUUCUGCCCCGAAGAGCAACGGGUUUAUUUAGAGUUUUUUUCUCGCAUUUUAUUGAAAAAGGGACAAAGUUUUGUUACCCGCGGGUUGUACAACUGUAAACUAGACUUGCCAAAGGUAACACUUUACGGAUAUUUCAAGCUAUUUAUAUCUUGUACAAAGAUUUUCAGUACUUUCUUUGAGUCUUUUAUUUAUGUUUUGUAUUUAUUGUACAAUGUAUUUAAAUUCUAUUUGUCAGUGUAUACUCAUCAGUACUGAGGAAAAGGGGGAGGGAGGGGUGAGGCAAGACAUACAGGGUUAAUAAUUAUUUAUGAAUUUUGAGACAAUCAAGGAGAAAGAAGACAAUCAAAACUUUUUUGAGAGCGAAAACGUGAAAGUCGCCUAAAAAAGACUAAACGAAGCCUUAAAAUCAGCAGAAACAAUCAGGGGUUUGAGAGGGAAAAAAGCCUACAAAUCAUAUCUCAGGUUUGACCCCGGACGCGCGCAAUCAGGAUCAAAUGUGAAUAAGAAAACUGCUCCCCGCGAAGAGUUUCCUUCCAAAAUAAUGAUGAUCCAAAAAAUGAAUCAAAGUGUUUGUUUCCGGUGUGGCGGAACCGCAGUUCACUUCGUCAAAGCCUCCGCGCGGCCUCUCAGCCUGCGGACUGAGUUACCGCGCUGAACGGCCCCUUUAAACACGCACACGAAUAAACGGAUAAACCAGUAAAUCUGUCAAUGGAUAUAAAAGUUUUUGGAACAGAACUCUUCCUGUGUGAAAUUAUGCAAAACGCUGUAACACGAGUUUUGUGUGUUUUCUGUUCGUCGUCAGAGCCCAGGCUGUGUGUGUGUGUGUGUGUGUGUGUGUGUGUGUGUGGGGCCUGUAUGAGCGUAAAAUCUUACGCGCAUGUGCGCUGAGGGCCGCCGUAAACAAACAAACAAACAAACGGCCUCUGAACUGAAAGAAAAAU